GAGGCCGGCGAUGGACGACGAGGAGGAGACCUACCGGCUGUGGAAGAUCCGGAAAACCAUCAUGCAGCUCUGUCAUGAUCGAGGCUACCUAGUGACCCAGGAUGAGUUGGACCAGACCCUGGAUGAAUUCAAAGCUCAGUUCGGGGAUAAGCCCAGCGAGGGGAGGCCGCGGCGGACGGACCUCACCGUGUUGGUGGCCCACAACGACGACCCUACGGAUCAGAUGUUCGUGUUCUUCCCAGAGGAACCCAAAGUCGGGAUUAAGACCAUCAAGAUGUACUGCCAGCGAAUGCAGGAGGAGAACAUUACCCGGGCCCUCAUUGUGGUGCAGCAGGGCAUGACGCCCUCAGCAAAGCAGUCUCUCGUGGACAUGGCUCCGAAGUACAUCCUGGAGCAGUUCCUGCAGCAGGAGUUGCUGAUCAACAUUACGGAACAUGAGCUGGUCCCUGAGCACGUGGUCAUGACCAAGGAAGAAGUGACAGAAUUACUCGCCAGAUAUAAGCUGCGGGAAAACCAGCUUCCCAGGAUCCAGGCCGGAGAUCCGGUGGCCAGGUACUUCGGAAUCAAGCGAGGCCAGGUGGUCAAGAUAAUCCGUCCCAGUGAAACCGCUGGCCGAUACAUCACUUACCGGCUGGUGCAGUAGCAGCCGGGAGCUCUUUCUUCAGGUAAUGCGGCGGAGAGUGU